AUGUCUCCUAUCCCCCGCUGGCCCGCACUCACAUUGCCUCAAACCCUAGUGUACUCAAGCACAGUUGCCUCCGACACAUACGUUGCGUGUUGUAGUCAGACAACAAGGAGAAGCAUCUCUGCUGGCCAGACGAUUUACCUGCUUACAUUUGAGGAGAAGAUGGAAGAUUUUACAUUUGGGGAGUGGAUGGAAGAUUUUACAUUUGAGGAGAAGAUGGAAAAUUAUACAUAUGACUACGAUGCCAACUGUUGCUACGGAAAUUACAGUGACUACGAACUUUAUCGGAAGAAACAAAUAUGUGAUAUGGGAGUUCAGUUGUCCUUCACUUACUAUUUUAUGUUUCUCUUCAGUCUGAUUGGCAACGUGCUGGUCCUGGUCAUCAUCCAUCGGUUUGGGAGGCUGACCACUGUGACCAACAUUUUUCUGCUGAACCUCAUGGUGUCCUCCUUGAUCUUCAUAAGCAGCCUUCCAUUCAAGGGAGUGUCCAUACAGCUCUCUGACUGGAUCUUUGGUAACGUUAUGUGCAAGAUUGUACGCAGUGUCCACUACCUGGGCUUUUACAGCUCUGGCCUGUUUCUGGCUCUACUGACCUUUGACCGACACCUUGCAGUUGUUUACUCCUUGGGUGCGCCACGAUUGAUAAAUCAACGCUGUGCGUUACUCUGCUGCGCUGUGGUGUGGCUGGUCAGCAGUCUGGCGUGUAUCCCGUGGAUGAUUCUAUAUGAAGCUUUUCAUGAUACCCUUGACAACACAACAUUCUGUUACAUAUAUCCAGAUUACUUCACAUAUAUUAAUCUGAGAUAUCCUGCAUUUUUUCGUCAGCUUUUUAUUUUCUUGCUCUUUCCUCUGGUUGUUAUUGUGUACUGCUACAUUAGGAUUGCUAUCACUGUCAUAACAUCAAAAUCAGUUACCAAGUUCAAAACAGUCAGGUUGAUUUUUGUCAUUGUCCUGUUAUUUUUUAUUUCCUGGAUCACAUACAAUGUUGUUGUACUACUGGAUGACAAUGAACCAAUGUCCUGUGAAGGAAUUUAUAGGAGGAUUUAUGUAGAACAAAUUACCCACAUUUACUUCUGCAUCAGUCCCAUCUUCUUUACAUUUGUUGGGGAAAAGUUCCAAAACUAUUUCAGACAGAUGGUGGUAAAACGCUUCCCAGGGUUAAAGAAGUAUAUUUCCGUUGAUCAGGCCAUGCCCACAGAAAGUACACAAAAUGAAUUGAGCAGUGUCAUGGCGCACUCACUCUAG